AUGACUGCAAUAGAUGAUGAUUUUGAAUCGAUCACACGAUGCUUUGAUGCAAAUGCACUACUUCAUUGUCCAAUAUGUAAAAAAGAUUUUAAUGAUCCACGAAUACUGUGUUCAAACGGGCACACUUUUUGCCACCAUUGUAUUGAAGAUUCACUACAAGAUGAUGGUCUAAUCGAAUGUCCGGUAUGCCACGACACAAAACGUUUAGCUAGCGUCCAUGAUGUGUCUCAAUUACCAAAAAAUCAUACUGUACUAACAUUGAAAAAUGCUGAACAUCAUCGUUUAGCUCAAUUGGGAAUAUGCGAAUUAUGUAAUAAAAAGAUGUCCUAUGGUCGAUGUUAUCACUGUAGAAAACUAGCUUGUUUUAAAUGUAUGCAUGAGCAUGAACAAAUAAUUGAGCAUGAACAAGAAAAAGAAUACAAUGAACUAGUACAUUUAAAAGAACACAUUCUUAACAAAAUAGAUCACUUUGAAAAAAGUUUUGAGGAAUCGAAAAAUAACGUGAAACAAUUGGUACAUCAAGAUGCUGAAAAACAAGUGAAAGAGUUGAAAGAACGGGAACAAGCACUCAAUGCACAAAUCGAUGAUUUAUAUCAGAACCAUUCGACAUCGUCACAUCAAAAAUUACAAAAGUUAAAACAUGAAGUAGAAAAAGAUUCUCACGAGUUAGAUAAGAUUGAUCUCAAAAAAUGGAAUUCAACUGAUCGGUACCGCUUAACAAAACAUUGGAAUGAUAUACAACGUCAAUUAGAUGUUCAACAUGUUGAAUUUACAUAUAAACCGUUGGCAACAGUUAAUAACAGAUUGGGCGAAAUACAUUUUAAACAAAAUCAAGACAUGAUAACAACACAAGCACGUACACCGCAUCAAUUAGUCCGAAUUAAUCCUAAUGUUUUUAAUAGCAGAGGUGAAAGUGAUAGAGAUCAACUGUCAAGAGAAACAGCUAGUCUAUUUCUACAUCGUGAAGGACUAAUUAAUAAUGGACCAUCAGAGAAUUCAUCAUUGGUAGCAGGGGGAAAAUGGAAUACAAUGAGUGGUCGUGAAUCAAAAACCAGUACAAUGAAACGAAUGGUUGUGACCGAACGAGGUACACCUGGUUUACAAUUAUUUCCACAUGAUACAGAAGGUGGUUAUCGUGGUCAAGGUUAUUCCGUUAAAUUCAGUACAAAACUGGAUGGUGGUGGUACCGGUGGUGGUUCUCGAAGUCGUUCAAGAAUUGAUGACCAUCUAGUUGAUGUCGAACAAGAAGGAAAUGAAUAUGCGGUUAGAAAAGUAGUUAGAACACAUAAUACUACUAGUCAUGGUACACAUUCAAAUCAUACAGAUCAUUCAACUAAUUUUCAAGACGAUAUUCCAUUGACACCUCGUAUGCCGGUAACACAAAUUAAUUUACAUGAAUACAGUAAAAAAGCGUCACAUGUAAUAAACGGUGUUAACGAAUCAGAUAAAUUUUCAGCACCAAAGGCGAUUGUUGUAACUGAUACGGAUCAACUAAUUAUUGCUGACACAAAAAAACAUCGUCUUAUCGUAUUUGAUUUGAUAAUGAAGUCAGUACGAGUAAUAAAAGGUUUCUUAUUUCCAGAUGGUUUAUGUUUAGCUGGUGAACAAUAUGUUAUCAUAACUGAUAGACAUCGUGUAUCAAAAUAUGACUGGUAUAAUGGAAAAUUAUUGAGUUCCAUUGGAAGUAAGAAAGAAGGUUGUACAAAUACUUCAUUUUCUUGGCCAAAAGGUGUAGCCAUCGAUAAUAAUUCAAUUUUUGUAUGCGAUUCAUAUAAUUCAAGAAUGGUUGCAUUAACUCAUCAAAUGCAUUAUCAAUCGGCAUGGACAGUAAUGAGAGGUUCCAAAAAAUUAGAUCCACAGUAUAUUUCGAUUAGUAAUGGUUUAUUAUAUGUAACCGGUUGGCAACGGAUAAAGCCAGAAUCGUGUGCAUACAAUGCCGGAUGUAUUAUUGUUUAUGACGUCGAUGGUACUCCGCAACGAUACAUCGAUACGGAUGCUCAAUCAUAUUUAAAUUUAAGUGUACCUGAAGGUAUUCUAUGUGAUAGUGCAAGUCAAUUAAUAUUAGCAGAUCGUUAUACAUCAAAAGUAUUAUGUAUGAAUUGUGAGAAUGGACAAGUGAUUAAUUUUCAUGGUGACAAAAUGAAAGCACCACAUUAUGUUUGUUUUACGAAUAAUCAGUCAACAAUGAUUGUCUCGGAUGUUGGAAAUAACACUGUACAAUUUUACGAAAAAAAUAUUUAA